CACACACACACACACACACACACACACACACACACACACACACACACAGAAAGACACAAACACUGAGUCACACACACUAAAACAGACACGCAGGUGCAGUGGAAUAUUACUUUGCCUGUUCCCACUUAUAGCCUGAGACUGAAGCGCUGGAAUCUGCUGUUGAUUACCCAUGGCUUUGGCUUCCCCUUGCACCCCACGCUCAUAAAACUGUACAAACACCAGCCGCCACACUGCGCCGCACCACACCGCACCGCACUGCACUGCUCCGCACUGCACACAGCACACAGCCAGUGUUGCCAGAUUGGGCUGGUUCCCGCCCAAUUGGGCUGCUUAGGAUGGCCGUGUGCGGGUAAAAAUGGCAUUUAUCAGAAAAACCCGCCCACUUUUUGCCAUGGAAAUUAAUAGAAUUGGGCGGGAUUUUGUGCUUCUAGGGGAUUUUUUGAAAUUUUUUUGGGCUGGAAAUCAUCAGCCUCAUCUGGCAACUCUGUGCACACAGCACACAGCACACAAAACAGCACUUUCUCAGUACAGUACAGAGAACAAUACAGUCACAAGGCAACAUAGCAUAAUGAAACACAACACAGCGCAACGCAACGCAACACGACACAACACAACACGACAUAACACCAGACGACUCAACACAACACAACAGCAGAUGACACAAGACAACACAACACUAGACGAAACAACACAGCAUAACGCAACACAACGCAACACAUGACAGCGCAACAUAACACAUGCAGCACAGCACUGCACAGCACAUUGUAACACAGCACAAUGGGUGUUGCUAGCACAACAUUAUGCAUCCGAAUGCAACACAACACAACAAGAGGCAACAGGCAAGGAAACAGCACAACACAACACCGCACAGUGUAACAAAGCACAAUGUAACACAGCGCAAUGCAACACAUCACAACAACUCAACAGGACAACAGCUUGUCAACACAAACUGUGAUACAGCACAGAACACAUUCAGACAUCCACUGUAGUUGUAAUGAAUCCCUAUCUUAGCUAGCAGUGUGGCCUUUAGCUCAAUUGGUAGUGUGUCUGUCUCCCAUAACAGCAUUUGCUGUGAGGUAGAGGGUUCCAGAUUGGGCUUUAACUGCACCAGAUGACCCUGAACAUGGGCGUCACAUAUUUGACAAUGCACAGGUCUGCACUCCGCUGCCUGAAAUGGAUGUAAACAUUCGACCAGAAACACUACUUUGCAACCUUUCAGCUAUAACAUUGGAAUAACCACAUGAAGCUUCCUUUUGACCAACGGCAUUUUAGUUUUAUCAGAGAGAAUUUGAGUGAGAGGUUAAAAACUAGAGAAUCGUUGGCUCUUCCAGGUUGAAACCACAGUUGAAUCAUCCUCGACUCGACUUGACAUAAUAUGAUUUGGUUUCUCCAAGUUGCUAUAAUGUAACAACAGAUUAGUUCCACUUCACAAGUGUUUUACUUUGUAUUUAACUUUAACAUACAGUAACCUCAAUUAAAUAUACUCGGAAUAUCGCGCUGGGGGCGUGGUCACCAAUACUACCACUAGAAUACUCCCCGGGGCUAACUACGCUUCUCACCCGCCUUUCAAACCUUGCGGCCCGGUCAGCCUCUCGCGGCAGACAACAGGCAGACCCAGCGAGAUAGCAAACAGCGAACAAUUGUUUGCACACAUUACUCCCCCAAUAUCACAACACAUUGUCUACAUGGCUUAAAUGUGAUUGUGUUUUGGUCCUAGUAGACGUUUAAGCCCUGUUGUCGUUAUAGAAGUACAAGAAGUAGUCUAAUAUAAGCUUGUAGCUGCCUGGUUCUGGUAAAAUGCUAAUGUUAGCUUACCCAGUUAGCUUAAAAAAUCCAGCGAUCAAAUGACAUUGCGAGGUAACCUAUUUGUGUCAAAUAAGUUUGUGGUGCAUUUUUACAUCAAUCCGUGGUAGUCAUGACAUUUAUAAACAUUUAGGGUCUUUAAAUUGAGCAAAAACAUGAUGUUGGAAGUCACAGAAAUUGCCACCAUGUUUUUUCUAAAAAUGUUGUAACUCCUGCCCUUGCUACCCAUACGCCCAUCUGAUUGGAUUGGAUUGGUUAUUGAACCAUCUAAUCUGCAUGAUAUAGAGAACUCGCUGAUAUCAAAUCGCGUCCCACGGCGGGAUACGCCUCCGCGCCGUCACGCGCGAUAUUGCCCCCAUUCAAAGUCAAUGAGAGCAGGGCAGAAUUUAGCUCUGUGGGGACGGGCCAUUACACUUGCAAAGGGUAUUUAUACUCAUGCAAGGCACUGUAUACUGUAUAAUCUAGCAAUAGCAUGGAGCAGAGCAACACAGAGCAUCAAUGCUGUCAGUCGUUAAUUUGUUCUUUGUAAGUCGCUUUGGAAAAACACAUCUACUAAAUGUAAUGUAAUGUAAUGAUUGCCGCAAUGUAAUGUAAUGCAACCGCAGUAGAAACCCGUCUUGACUGGACUUGACUUCUCCCCUGUACUACAAUCUAACAAUAGCACGGAGCAAAUCAAGCAUCGGCAUGCUAGUCAGAGGUCUGUCAGUGUUGCGACACGAGGUUUCCUUCUCCUUAUCUCCGGGAGGAUUCCUGCCUGUAAAUCUUGCGUCACCGCACCGCACCGCACAGCACAGCAGCCCAUCCCUUUUAGUGCCGUGACUGUCUGUUGAGCAGAGCGGAGAAAGCCUUGAGGUUUCCCAGCCCUCUCUCUCUCCCUCCCUCUCUCUCUCUCUCUUUCUCUCUCUCUGUUAUGUAACUGUGUCGACUCUGUCUGUCUGCUGUAAGAGGGUGUGUCUCAGAAGGCUUGUGUGUGUGUGUGCGUGUGUCUGUGUGUGUUCACGGGCGUGCGUGCUUGCAAGCGUGCGCGCGUGUGUCAGCCUGUUUGUGUGUGUGACACACUAUGUGUCAUAUUUCCUGGUAAUGUCGUUUGUCCUGUAAAAUCAGUGCUUGUUGAAAGAGAGCAUACACUUGCUACUUACAGAAGCUUACAGAUGCAGGGAAACAGCUCUUAAGAUUAUUAACAGCCUGUGAAGCGUUGACCUCAGCACUCCUCGCCACAGCAAAAGAGGGAUACAGAGGGCUUGAAAAAAACCAUCAGCACAGCUGUCCUUAAGCCAAGACAUAACUUCAUGGCCUUUGUCUGACCGGAGAAAGUCCCACGUCCAGAGCUAAGAUGCAUUCACUGCUGAAGUCGGCUGGAUGUGCAAAGACAGAUUCACAACUGGAAAUAAAUCCAAACUUUGCCUGCAUUACUACAACGGCUCCCUGGGUACUUUUCAACAAUGUGUUUAACUGUCCUCUUAAAUGAUACCUGGACUACAACAGAGUUACACUCACUCAGCAAAGGGCUGCACUGCUUUAUAACAUAUCACUGAGAACGAGAGACCAUAACAAAAAAAAAACUUGAAGCCUUCCGACUUGCCCCGUCCCCCUUCCUCUGUGUCUCUGCCAAUGUCUCCAUGUGCUCCCUGUGCUCCUGUCACUGAGCCAAUGUGGCAAGACAACAGACCUCUCGCCGAAGCAUUAGUGUAGUUUACGUAAGGCCUCCUCUCCCCCUCUAUGGAGGCCGAGCACAGCCGCCUGACCGAAGGGGAGCAGUCGGGAGGGCAGCCAUCACCACAGCAACAACAUCAGCAGCAGCGACGGCAGCAGCAGCAGCAUCAUCAGCAGCAGCAGCAGCAGCAGCAGCAGCAGCAGCAUCUUUUAGAGCCCCAGCUUGGCCCAGCCAGUUUGCCUCACUCCCACUCUCACGCUCCCCACCUCAAGUCCCAGCAGAGGGCUGCGUCCAGAUCGGUACAUGGAUCCUACACCCGCCACCACCAUAAUCGUCCACCCAAACGGGGUGACAUGCUCCAAGGAAUGCACCAGCAACAGCAGCAGCAGCAGCAGCAACAACGCACACAGGUGUCUGACACAGGAGCAGCCUCUUGGCAGCCUCAGCACGCUCCUGGUCCUUCAAGUAGCAGCUUCAAAACACCUUCGUCCAUCCCCCCGUCGUCUGCGAUGGCGGCCUCAUCAUCUUCGUCCAACCCGGUGCAGCCUCCUCAGGGGGCAUCAUCUCAACAGGGGCCAGGAGCAGAGGGGCAGGAGGGCACCACCACCUCACGGCGGGAGAGGAAGCCCCAGAAGCCAGGGAAGUACGUUUGCACUUACUGCGGCCGUCCGUGUGCCAAGCCCAGCGUCCUACAGAAACACAUCCGCUCCCACACGGGGGAGCGCCCUUACCCUUGCGUGCCCUGUGGCUUCUCCUUCAAAACCAAAAGCAACCUGUACAAGCACCGCAAGUCCCACGCACACCGCAUCAAGGUGGGCACGUUUUCGGGUCGGGAGGAGGCUGGCCUGAGCGGGCCUGAGGGAGGGGGCGCAGGGGGAGAAGAUCCAGGUGACCCCACGGAAGGGGAGAGCACUGACUCUGAGGACGAAACGGGCCGCCACCAUCCCUCCUCCUCCUCCCAGGACAGACCUAUGCUCAAAAAGAGUAGCCAUGUGGAGCUCAUGUCAUUCUCAGAGGACUCUCUCAGGCCAGAGGCUGUUAAACAGAGGCUGGCUAUGCGGUUGAGUGAGAGGAAUCGGCUGCCCAAGGCCCAGCCAGAUGAGCACCCGUCCUCCCUCGGUCCAGGCAGCAAAGGCAGCACAGAAUCUGGAUACUUCUCCCUUUCCGGUAGCUCAGACUUAUCCCAGGUCAGCUCUCCCAAUGCCAAUGCCAAAAGCUAUGCGGAAAUCAUCCUUGGCAAAUAUGGAAGACUUGGCCAGCCGCCAAGGAGUCCGCAACAGCAAACCCCACAGUCGUCGUCCUCAUUGCCAUCAGGGCUUGAAGAGAAAACAAUUACCUUCCCCGUACCAAAGACACAGGUCAUAGAGCACAUCACUAAACUCAUCACCAUUAAUGAAGCUGUGGUUGACACAAGCGAAAUCGACAGCGUCAAACCGAGGCGUUCAUCUCUCUCCAGAAGGGAUAGCUUGGAAAUGCCCAAGUACCCGUCCCCGGUUAGCGAUUUUAGCAGACACCCGACUCGUGGCGUCUACCCCGGCGAGAUGCUCUCUCCCAUGUCAUCCACGGAUUCCGAGUCUGGCCAGAGCGCAGCCCUUCUGCGAAGUCACUCCAUGCCCUCAUCCGCCGUUCAGGACGAACCCACGACCACCUCGUCCUGUGGCUUCCGACAAUGCCAGUCGUUCGAUGAGCAGCAGGCUGUGGUGGCUGAAAUGCGGGUGGGACACCACCACCGCAUGUUGAGACGCCAACCAGCCAUUGAGGUUCCCUAUGGAGGAGAGCACAUUCCCAUAGACUCUGCUCACGCGGCGAAGAAGACGGAAGUGGCGUUCAAGGACAUCAUCAUUUAUGACUGCGAGGCCUGUGGCACCUCCUGGAGGAAACGGGAGAGCUACGAGGCUCACAAAGACUUCUGCGUGGGACGACUUUCGCAGGAACUGCACAAAGGGAAGGAGGGCAGUGCCUUUCGUGAGGACAGGCCUCAGAUGAUGCAGAACAAGUUCAGGGCCCUGGCCAUGGCCAUGCGGAAGAGGAGGAAAGAGGAAAGUCUGGAGGAGGACCCACCAAGCCCGGGGCCAGCAGCAGUAACCUUUAGCCACGCGGGCAUGACAUCUUUACCUGGGGUCGAGAAACUCACCGAAACAUCCAUCUGUGAAGAGAGAAGGAGCACCUGGAAAGAAAUUUCUGUCAUCCAACACACAAGCUCUUUUGAGAAGCAGGAGAGCAUGUCCAUUGAGAGCCAGGAGACAGAGUGUGAAGAACAGCAGCAACCAACAGAGCCGCAGCCCAAAUCAUCUCCUACCGCGUCUCGGCUGGUCCGGCAGUCCAACAUACAAGUGCCAGAAAUCCUGGUCACAGAGGAGCCAGACACAGACGCCGUGAUGGCCUCUCCGCCACCAACUGCGCCAGUGUCUUCCAAAGAACCGGAGAAGGUUGAAGAGUUCCAGUGGCCGCAGCGUAGCCAAAGCCUGUCUCAGCUCCCUGCGGAGAAGCUUCCACCAAAGAAAAAACGCCUGCGCUUAGCAGAGGCCUCCCAGUCAUCGGGAGAGUCUAGUUUCGAGUCGGCCUCUCUGUCUCGCAGCCCGAGCCAAGAGAGUAGUGUCUCGCACGCAUCCAGUCGCUCUGCAUCAUUUGAGGAUUCAUGCAAACCUGACCCGGAGAUGCAGAGCAUGAAGGGCUCUUAUGGCUCUCACAUGUUGACCGUCCCUUCAGGACACCAUCAACACCAUCAGUCUCACAGGGAGAUGCGGAGAUCAGCCUCAGAACAGACACCUGCAAGCCCACCACACUCUUCUCAGAUGGACGAGUCCAGGAGCAAAUCUUUCGACUACGGGUCCUUAUCACCACAACAGAGUUCGGCCUCCUGGAAGGAGAGGCGGAAAUGCCUCCUGGUGAAGCACGCUACACUUGGGGAGCCCGAUCAAGAGGAGGUGGCGUCUGGGCAGUUUACCAAGCCAGGCAGUCCUAAAGUUUACCAAUCCUUCCCCAGUCCACCCACGUUUGCACUUGAGGAGCGUAGCAUGGCUAACACUUCAGCUAGGCUGAGCCCAGAGGCCAUAGGGAAGACUCUGCAGCUUUUCCAGCAACCACUUAUGCCCAUUCCACAGAGUCCUUUACCCCUUCAUGCAGUCAGGGCCGAGGCCUUCUCACCAAGGCAUUUGGCCAGGAUCCUGCCUGUCACCACUGCAAUAUCCAGUGUCCUGUCCAGCCAGCUCCUUCAGCGGGCUUUCCUUCAGUCACCUUCCCCACAGUUUCACCCGACGCAGCUAAACAUUGCCGAGCGGCUCGGAAUCCCUUUUCAGCCCUUGCAGUCUCUCAUCCCGCUUCAUAGCCACGGAGGGAUGACCCAGGCGGCCGUUUACCUUCCCAUGCCCCCUGGUCUGACCAUCCAGGUGCCCGCUCAGAGAGACCCAAGGCCGGCCUCUGUCAGCGGCCAUUGGUCUGGACCGGCGAACCAACAGCUGGUUCCCUCCUACCCCCAUCCUCGGCCAAUCAUAGCCCCCUGUCUGGAGCAGUUUACGCCUGUGGUGUCCCUGGUGGUGCCCGUCCGGCUGCAGACACACAUUCCAACCUAUGCCAGUGCCAUGUACACCACCCUCUCCCAGAUCCUUGUGACCGCACGGUCGCAGGAGCCCAUAUGCUGCACGGCCAUGGUCAUCAUGAGCCAGCUCGGCCGGGAAAAGCUGCAGAGGUCUUACCUGAAGAUCCCCACCCCGCACUUCAAGAGCUGCCUGCCCAUGUGUCUGGAAUACGGGGGCGGGGCGGGUGGUGACGACGGGCCACUGGGGGCCGGGGGAAGCAAACGGAUGCUGUCCCCUGCUGGAAGUCUUGAGCUCAGCACCGAGGCCAUGCGGCAGCAGAAACGGGUAAAGGAGGAAGAUGAGGAUGAUUAUGCUGAUAGUGAAGAGGAAGACGAUGAUCAAGAGGAAGAAGACAAGGCGAGGAGGAAAGACAUAAUGUCAGAGAAGAAGGACCCUGACAGACAUCUCAAAACUGAUCAGCCAAAAGAGAAAGCAAGAGCACUAGUCGAGGCAGCUCAAGAGGGCAAGGGAAAAGUCGAAAUGAAGGAAGGAAGCGAGAAAGGGACCGGCGGGGCAGGUACCAGGCAGGACACAUCCCCGAUGUCUGUGGAAACUCUAAAGAAAGAGGAAAGGGAAGAAGUGGCGGUGGGCCAUGGGAAGAAGACACCUUGGAUCGAGGGCUUGGACCGAUCCAAGCAGCCCACCUUCCCCAAACUCCACACAGCCACCUCCGUCAGCUGGUGCUACUUGAACUACAUCAAGCCCAACCCCACCACACAGCAGGACCCGCAGACCUCUGUGUACUCUUCCUGGUCCAUCAGCAUGCACAACCCCAAUCUGCCCGGCCUGUCCACCAAGAUGGUGCUAUCUCUUCUGCGCUCCAAGCAGAAGCACAGUCUGGAGAACUAUACCAUGGCCAUGUCACCGCUACCCACCGCUGGCAAGCUUGUGUCCUCCAGCAACAGACAUCCCAUAGUGUCAGAGGUACGGUCCGCCCCACCCAGCACACCUGUCAAAGUGAAGGAAGAGCCAUCUCAGGAGAAAAAGGAAACGAAGGCCAAACCGGAGGAAGACUUGCCCUCCACCUCCAAACAGAGCGAACCGCCACGCAUCCGUAUCUUCGAGGGCGGGUACAAGUCCAAUGAGGAGUAUGUGUACGUGCGAGGCCGGGGCAGGGGGAAGUACGUGUGCGGGGAGUGUGGCAUUCGCUGCAAGAAGCCCAGCAUGCUGAAGAAGCACAUCCGCACACACACCGACGUCCGGCCCUACGUCUGCAAGCACUGCAACUUCGCCUUCAAAACCAAAGGAAACCUCACUAAGCAUAUGAAGUCCAAGGCCCACAGCAAAAAAUGCCUGGAGUUGGGUGUGUCUGGCUCCUCAUUGGACGAUCCCAGCGAAACAGGGGGCAGCGAAGACCCGGCAUUCGGCUGCGAGGACGCCGAGGAUCACCAGUUCUCCGACGUGGACGACUCGGACGAGGGCGAGGAGCACGAGGACGAGGAAGAGGACGAGGACGAGGAGGAAGGAGACUGCUCCUCUCACGACGACCCUCCCUCCUCCUGCUCCACCGACACCCGGCCCUCCACCAGCGGCCAAUCAGACAGUGGCAGCUUGGCGUUGGACCUGCCCGAGCACCCGUCCUGCUUCACCCCCUCUGGCGCUGGCAGCAGCAGUAGCUAUGACUACCCGUCCCCGCGCCGGCCCUGGCCCGGCGGCGGCGGCAGUUCCGCUGGUGGCGGUGGUACCCGCGCCGCCUCUCCGGGCAGCAAGAGGGCGAUGUACUCGCGCCGGCGCUGCUGGGAGGCCUCUCCGCGUGCCUUCUCCCCAGCCACCGAAGGAGGAGGCAGCGGCUCGUCCCUCCACAGCCUGUCGCCCCGCAUGGAGCUGUCUCCGCCCAGCCGACACCUGUCUCCGUCCCCCGAGCGAGGGCCCUCUCCGUCCCCCACCUCCGGAGGCUCCUCGGCCGGCUCCAUCCGCCCGCUGUCGCCGCUGCGGCCCAUGUCCCCCAUGUCCCCCAUGUCCCCCAUGCGGCCCCUGUCUCCAGGCCGCUACCGCACCUCCCGGGCCAUGCUCUCGCCCUCGCCACUGGGCCGCGCGCACCAUCACUACAGGCACCACAGCUCGCCCGCCCACCUGGCAUGGGGGUCCGGCGGAGGCACUCAGCCGACACAGCAGAGCCACGCACAGCAGCAGACGCGGGCCGAGCGGCGACAGGAGAGACCUGGAACUCCAUGCGAGGGGUUGACGCACCCCGAUGCUCUUCUGCACCCUCCUCCCCUUCGCAUCUCUCCCGGCUCUGGCUCCGCCUCUGGUUUCGGAUCCUCCAUACCCGGCUCCGGAUUCGGCUCCACCUCCGGGUUCGGCUGCCACUCCACAUUCGGCUUCGGGUCCGGCUUUGGGUCCGGUUUUGGGCAUGACCCGUACCCCUCGCCCCUCUACUCCACCAUGGGUGGUGGUGGUGGUGGUAACGGUGCAGGAGGUGCUGGUGGUGGUGGUACCCCCCGCACCGUGGACCACAUGUUCAGCCACCUGCCGCUGCACUCGCAGGACCAGGCGCGCCUGGUGCCCUACCACAUGAUCCCCAUCGGCGGCAUCCAGAUGGUGCAGGCCAGGCCCAGGCCCAAGCUGGAGCGCAGCCCCUCCUCCGCCGCCUCCUCCCCCACGUCGCCCAAAGAGGACAUCGCCCUGUUCCACAGCGUCACGCCGCCCAGCAUCACGGACAUGGCCUCCAGGACUCAGAGGGACCUGAGGUCCCAGUCGCAGGCUCACGCCCAAGCACGGGCCCUGCACCUGCACGAGGCGAGCAGCAGCAGCAGCCAAUCAGGGCCCAGUAUUCCAGGCAUUGCCUCGCCCAUGGGCGUGGCCGGUCACAAGCAGCAACAGCAAGCGCAUGGCAGCUCACACCUUUCCUGCACAGACACACACUCGUUAGUUAGUGAGCGAGGAGACGCCCCCGAGAUGAUCACCGACAGGCUCUCUGGCCUCAGAGUGUCGUCCUUUUCCUCCAAUCAGAGAACUAGACGGCUGGCCGAGAGGGAGGAGCCUUCGCUGAGGCGAGGGUCCUCACUGGCUGAGGCAGAGAGAGAGGGAGGAGACUCAAAUAUUGCCAGCAGAAAAAGACACACUUAGCCUGCGUUUCAUAUCUUUGCUUGGUCUUUUCACACUCUUGUCUGGCUUACCUUAUCUUGCUCUCUUCUACUUUCUUUUUUUGUAACGUUUUUGUGUUUUUUUAUAAACAUUUUCAGUACUAUUGUUAACUUAAAUGUUUGUUCUUGCAAUAUUCAGGAUUGUAAUAAGAUGCACUUUCUUUUCUUUGAGAUGAUCAUACUUAUGUAAACCUAUCCAAUCUAUCCCCCCCUUGUAUCUUUGUUGACAUUGCAAUCUUAAUAUAUAUUUGAAUAUGUACAUGUAAAAUGACGAUGAAUAAAUUUGUAAAUGAGAGACGUACUUUAAUCACCAAUAAUUCCAAUUUGUCAAGUGUCCAGUAUUAGGCUACUCUAUAUAUAGUUAUCGGUGCCUUUCUGUCGGGGUAUUUUUGCUUGAAGUGUAGAUAUAAGGCUAAAAAGUCUGUGAAUUUUACACAUAUAAGUAUGAUAUAAUCUUGUGUUUCAAUGGAAUUCAUGUUUGGGAAGGGGAUAUGUUGUCUUAAAGUUUUUGUUUCCUUUUUUUCUUUUUUAUUUCAAUCUUUUUUUUAAGUCAGGGUCAGAAAAACAAGAGUUACCCAAAUGGCCCAGAAAGUGGGAUGUAAACGAAAGCUUUGCCAAGCAAAUGCACUGAAGUCAUAUUUUUAAUAGACAAAAAGAGAUGAUUAGAUCUUAUGUAUGUACAGAGGAAGUAUAUGGUCCAUAUUUAUUAUAAUUCUGAAAAAAAAUGAAAUGUUAUUUUGUUACAUUUACGUUUCGAACCAUUUUUGUCAUUUUUGUUUUUCCAAAGGUUUUGUAUUGGUCUUAUUUUGUUUUAUUUUUUGCUUUAUGACUUUUGUUUAAUGACUUGAAACUGAAUGAAGACAGAGGAUAAAGAGAGGGACUUAACUGGGAGAAACAGGUCAGAUGGUUUAUAUUCCCUACAGGUCUGACACAGAGUAACGUUCUACCAAUAAAUGUGCACCAGACUUUGCUGAAUCUUCACGGUGGUCUGUCGUACAAUUUGUGCAUCUGAGUCAGUUUCUCCAAAAACUUUUCCCCUCUUUUUCCUCAUUGUUGG